UUUAUCCUCAACAUCUCAUAUACAUUAUUAAAAAUUUACCUAGGAACAGGUAGAAAACCUGAAAAGGAAGUAUGGCGACCUAACUUUUUACAAAAAGCGACAAACGGCCGGGGAAUAGUCUCUACCUACUUCUUAUAUAAGAACAGCUUUAGUUGCAAUACAUAUCAAAACCGCAACGGAUUUCAUUCGAGCAACACGUAAUAUUUUCAACCAUUAGCAAUUUAACAACAUGGCAUCUCAAAACGUCGCUAAUCACCUUAAGCGCCUUUACAACGGAAGGCAACAAACAAGGAAGAUACAUCCAAUCAGUGCAUCUUGGAACGUGAACCAAUCUAACAUCUCUCGUAGCAAUGGGACAGAGCUGUUUCUAAAAGAAAAGCCACAAACUGGAGCAAACACCAAACCCGAAGUUAAGACUGAAAUUAAAAACGGUAAAUUACCGCAUAUAUCAACACGUAAAUUACGCGAACGGCUUGUCCACCUGUUGGCCGUUAACUCAUACACCAGGCAAGAAAUAAACUCAGUCUUCCAAAAGGAAGGAUUACGUCCUUGUGAACGACCAACACUCGUGUAUGUACUUAAGGCUGUAGCUCAGCUAAGUCGCAACGUAUAUAGUUUGCGCCCGAAUAUCUGGAAAGAAGUUGACGAAAAUUGGCCUUAUUACAAUGAGAAGGAGUUGCAACAGCUGAAAAGAUGCAAAGAACAGAGUUUGAGAGGGCCAAACAGCUCAAUUGAACUAACAUCUGAAUCCAACGAAAGUCAGUCACUGAAAAGACACCAAGAACAGAGUUUUAGAGCUCCAAACAGCUCAAUUGAACUUACACCUGAAUCCAACGAAAGUCAGUCACUGAAAAGACACAAAGAACAGAGUUUGAGAGCUCCAAACAGCUCAAUUGAACUAACACCUGAAUCCAACGAAAGACACAAAGAACAGAGUUUUAGAGCUCCAAACAGCUCAAUUGAACUUACACCUGAAUCCAACGAAAGCCAGUCGCUGAAAAGACACAAAGAACAGAGUUUGGGAGCACCAAACAGCUCAAUUGAACUUACACCUGAAUCCAACGAAAGUCAGUCACUGAAAAGACACAAAGAACAGAGUUUGAGAGCUCCAAACAGCUCAAUUGAACUUACACCUGAAUCCAACGAAAGUCAGUCACUGAAAAGACACAAAAAACAGAGUUUUAGAGCUCCAAACAGCACAAUUGAACUUACACCUGAAUCCAACGAAAGUCAGUCAUCAACAAAUAGUACAAUUCUACCCCAUCCAGUCGAAAAUAACUCACUAAAGAGAGAAAACACAUCAAAGCGAGCAAACUUGGAUAACGUUGAGCCACAACCGACAAAGAAAAGGCGCAUUGAAUCAGUGCAAUCUACCAGUGAUAAUCACACCACCUCCCAGCCGGCGAAAACUAAGGCUUCCACCAGCAGUAAUUCAAAUACCAUCGAGCCACCUAAAUAUGACUUUGGCGAUUAUACGGAAAUCACAAAUUUCGAACAGCGGCAACGAUAUGCAACUGCGUUUGAUCGAUACCAUGAGGAAUAUAUGCCACUCUUUCAGCAGACCACAGAGCUAAGGAGCAGUUUCCGCGAGCUCGGUGCACAGAUUCUUAAUAUGUCCGAAGACUGUCCGGAAUACGAGAACAUCAGUGAACGUAUAGCGACUACAUUUCUCACCCUUAAUAGCGAAGAUCAGCUCCGUCGUGAGGAACGUGUCCGCUAUUUACACGCUAAACUGGCACAUAUUAAGCGACUUAUAACGCUCUUCGAUAGCAAACAUACAAAGGAAAUAGCGAUGGCUUUCGCAACGGCAAUGGCUAAGAAAUAUGAGUUGAGACAAGAUCGUUUUGAAGCCAUAACCGAUAUUGAAGAGGUGGUGGGAACAUCGAAACCAAUCACAAGAUGGCACAAAGAUGGAGCGACAGCUACAACACAUGAUGGGUUGCCGCCUACAAAACAGGAAUACAUAAGCGAUAUUUUGGCUGAAGAUCUUGCGCUUUCGGAAAGCGACAGUGACGAUGACUGAUGAAUAGUUAUUAGAUUAAGAUUUUAUGUUUAAGUUUUUAUGUAAAUAGAUAAAUA